CGGUUCGAGCAUGCUUACUACGCCCGAACAUAAACAAAGGCAGGACGUUUCCCCGCAUUCAAAUCUGACCCAGGUCCAGUUUUACAUGCCAACAAACCCGAAAAAUUGGAUCUCUACUUAGAACUGGAACCAUGGAGAACGCGUUGCUGAUGCGAGUUAGCGUCUUUACCGACCAAGGAGGCAGGAAAUACAUGGAAGACGUGACCGAGGUCAUAGUGGAGCCCGAGCCGGGAGAAGACGAGCCGACUCCGGGCGAGUGGGACGCGAGUGAUGGGAGAGGCAUCACCGUCAGCUCUCCGACUGCGGAUUCACACCCGGACCUUGGCGAGGAAGCCACGGAGAUAUCGCAGCUGGAAGAAUCGUCUAAUGAACGCGUUCGAACUGAAGACCAAAAUCUUUCGGAGGAGACAUUUUCACCGGGAAGCGGGUGCCCGCCCCGAGACCAACCGAGUACCUCCAUUCAGCCCCGCCGUUCCGUGGCGUUCUUCGCGGUGUUUGACGGCCACGGCGGUAGCGAGGCGGCGCAGUUUGCACGAGACUCUUUAUGGGUGUACAUAAAGAAACAGCGCGGGUUCUGGUCCGACUCUGACCGGGAGGUCUGCUCUGCUAUUCGCAAAGGCUUUGUAGCCUGCCACCAUGCUAUGUGGAAGAAGCUGCCUGAAUGGCCCAAAACCCUGACGGGCCUUCCCAGUACAUCCGGGACCACGGCCAGCGUAGUGGUCCUCCGGGGAAACCGCAUGUACGUGGCCCAUGUGGGAGACUCGGCCAUAGUUCUGGGUGUCCAGGACGACCCGUCGGUCCCGUUCAUCAAAGCUGUGGAGGUGACCCAAGACCACAAGCCCGAGCUGCCCAAAGAGAGGGAGCGCAUCGAAGGCCUCGGAGGGAGUGUGAUCAAGAAGUCAGGAGUGAACCGGGUGGUCUGGAAGAGGCCCAGACUCAGCCACAAUGGUCCAGUUCGCCGGAGCACCGUCAUUGACCAGAUCCCGUUCUUGGCUGUCGCUCGAGCUUUAGGUGAUUUGUGGAGUUAUGACUUCUACAGCGGAGAGUUUGUGGUUUCCCCUGAGCCCGACACCAGCGUGGUGGUUCUUGACCCUCGCAAGCAUCGCUACAUCAUCCUGGGCAGCGAUGGCCUGUGGAACAUGGUGCCACCUCAGGAGGCCAUCUCCAUGUGUCAGAAGAACGACGAGGAGAUGGUACAGUGUGGCGUGUCGAGCGCUCGGCAGCUGGUGAGCCACGCGUUGCUGCGGUGGCGCCAGAGGAUGUUGCGCGCUGACAACACCAGCGCCAUCGUGAUCGCACUGCUGGAACCUGGGGGCUCCCAGGAAAGCUUUCACAGUGAGGAGGUGCUACUGGACCUGGCCAAGGUGUCCCAGUGUUCUACGUCCGUAUCCCGUGCAGACACUCCUCUCCUUCAGCAGCCUCUGGAUGAAGACUCCACCUCUGCCAUGUCGGAGCUCCUCCCCGCCCUGGAGCGACAGGAUGGGCUGUCAGGAAGCAGCAGCUUCUACCACAUGACUCUGUCGGACCCGUUCGCUCUGACGCCCCUCUGCUCAAACAGCAGCACGGACCUGGCCGCUCACUCCUGCCUAGCUGAGCGCACCGCCACCGCGAGGCCGCCCGGCAAAAGGACUCCCAACGGGUCUCCUUCAUCGGGCCUCCUGGCAAAGAAGGCCAGACGCAGAACUUGUGAGAGGCCACCGCUGGUCCAGCACAACACUGAGAAGAAGCAGAAGGAGUCCAGCAACGUCGCUCCCAUUCUCCAGCAGCACAACAAGACCACGGUGUGCGUCUGCUGAGAGCACAGCUGUUCCUGCUGUGGCCUGUGUCCACAUGCUCACCAAGCAACCUUUGUUUAAGACUUUAAGUGUUUAAUCACCCACUAUAAACCUUUUCUCAUUGGGUCUUUGUAUGCAACCUAUUCCUAAAAAAGGCUGGAUGGAGGCUGGGAGAGCAAACAGCCGUGGCCUUGCUGCUCUUCCAAGUGCAGGAGAACCUACGGCGGCUUCACUCCCGUGACCACCCCCCCCCCUUUACCUUUGGUGUUUGGACUAUUGUGGAGAACUGUCGGUGACACGCGGUUGUGCUCUGUACCGAUAGUCACCCGUUGAUUUAAACGGAAAUCCUCCCUAUGAUAAUGGACUAAUGCAUAUUGUAUUGACGUUCUGCCAAUUCUAAAUCCUGCAUUGUUGAACUUCAUUGUGGCCUAUUCUACCACGUGUUGUGGUAGCAGCCGUAGGCGUUCCAUAUGAAAAAGGUUGCUGGUGUACAUUUUCUGAAUUUUAUAGCCGAGUAUUUAUGUAGAGCCGUUUAUGCAAAAAGGAAUCUAUUUUUAUACAUUCUUUUAUUGGUGGUAGAGCAUGAAAACUGCUUGUAGAUGUGCCCCACUGCAGCUUUCUGCGUUGAACCUGCUGUGUGCAGACCCUGUGUUUAACAAAUGUAUUUUAUUUAACCACUGAAAACUUGUCUGAAGGUGCUACAAUCACAAACCAGUAAGCUAGUUCUCUCCUUAUUUAUAGAACUGUAUGUCAGUGUGUGUCAAUGUUUGAGCUACUUACACACAAUGUAAUCCUGAUAGAAAGUUUCUAAUUUUGAUCAGAUGGCACACGGCAUCAUUACUUAUUUUCCAUCGUUGUAUUUAGGAAUGAAGUGUGCAGUUGUUUGGUGUGCUUAUUCUGCUCAGUUGUUCUGUAAAGCUCCUUUGCAGAUGGCAGCAUUUCUUGCUUUAGCGCAGCUCUUUCCAGCUGAAUGACUUUGUGCUGGCAGACGUAUUGAGGCGGCACUGCGAGGAUCGCUGAUGUCCUGUUCCAGACUCAUCAAAUGUGUGGGUGCUGCUCUGAGAUGGACGUGUUUCUUUACCUGUCCAACCUGCAGGCCCGUUUUCUGUCUAGGAACUGCUUAGUUUUAAUGCACGCGACCCGUUUCUCAGUACAUACACUCUUUGUGAAAUUUAUUUAAAUUGUUUUUUUUUUUUUUUUUUUGCACUGUUACGACGACGGAAAAGGAAAUGAAUUUCUUUGACAAAAGAAACGGGGAGUAGAAAUGCAAGCUGAGCUUGAAGCAGCGAUCUGAAGACCUUAAAAAGACUCACCAGAAGCUCCUGGUGAAGCUGGGUGUCGUUACAGAAGCCCUGUUGCCUUGACCAUCGGUGUAGAAUUGUGGCAAAAUGAAUUCGCCUCCACUGAUCUUUGAUGUUCCGUGUUUGUAUUUUUGAACUAGAAGCUGUACUGCAGCGCCUGGCCUCCACAAACAAGCGAGGUCGGUUAUGAAUCAUUCUCUGGGAGCAAAUGGGACACAUGCUCCCAGCUCUGUCCCCGGUCAGUAGCAUUAUGGAUCGCUGAAAAGAUCUACGUAUCUUUAUGUUUGAAUCAUUCUGUAGACAUGUACAUUCUGCUUUAGGUCUUUUGGUCCAGAUUAUAAAACGUUGUUCACUUAUGUCCCUUGUUUUAAGAGCUGUACUAACAAGUGUGCAUAUAUACAGUGUAAAUGUGGAGGAACCCCCCCCCCCCCACCCCCACUUAUUCCAAAAUGAACUUAAUAAACUAAUAAUACUCUGUAGUUGAG